GAUGACAAGACCUAGCGCUUCUUCGAUCAGACGGUCACCGACCUCCUUUUCUUCCUUACUCUUGAGCCGACUAAUCGUCCCCCGACGUCUCGUCGCCACCGCUCCUCUGCACAUUUCGAUGUGAUGGAGAUGGGGUACGACUUCAUUCUCGGCACUCCGUGGUCUCCUCGGUUCCGCAACACCGAGGCCGAUUGGGUGACCAACACUCUCGUUCUCAAAAUGAAGUGUGGACAGAUAUAUCGCGUACCUUUCAUUGGUACCACUGCGAUACCUCGCCUCGAUCCUCCUCCCCCGGAGCCUUCCGUGCCCACACCAUCUCCAUCUAUCACUGUCACCUCGCCUCGGGAGUUCGCUCACUUCAUCCGACAGGACGACGUCACCUUCCACCCUGUCCCGAUACUCUCGAUCCCCGAGGCCACCGAACUCAAGCGUCAGCUUGAGGAGCUCCUGAGACUGGGUUUCAUUAAACCCAGCAACUCCCUGUGGGGUGCACCCGUCCUCUUUGCUCGCAAAGCGAAUGAAACUCUUUGUCUCUGCAUCAACGAUCGCGGUCUCAACCGCUAUACGGUUAAGAACAGCUACCCCAUACCUCGUUCCGGUGAGUUGUUCGACCGCCUAGCAGGCAACCGCUUCUUUACGAAGAUUGAUCUUCGUAGUGGUUACCAUCAGAUCCACGUUGCUGCAGCCGACCAGCCGACGACAGUGUCCCGACCGCGCUUCGGUCACUACGAGUUCACGGUGAUGCCAUUCGGCCUCACCAACACACCCGCUACCUUCCAGAGGGCGAUGAACGACAUCUUCAGGGACAUCCUGGAGCAGUACGUUCUCGUCUACCUCGACGAUAUCCUGGUCUACAGUCGUACCCUUGAGGAGCACCUCAGACACCUCCGCGACGUCCUUGACCGCUUGCGCAGACAUGGCUUCUAUGCCAAGCUGAGCAAGUGCCGCUUUGCCCAGCACAAAGUGAAUUUCUUAGGACACUACGUGUCUGACCAGGGUCUCCUCAUGGACGACGCGAAGAUCACUGCUAUCGCGGAGUGGCCCGUUCCCACAUUCGCCAAGCAGCUUCGCAGCUUCCUAGGCCUGACCAGCUACUAUAGUAAUUUCAUCCAGAGAUACGCUAGGUAUUCCUACGUCCUUACCUCCACCCUCCUCCGGAAGAACCCACCCUGGGCUUGGACACCCCUCCACGAGGACGCCUUCUGCGCCCUAAGAAAGGCGGUGACAUGUGAACCGGUUCUUCACCUACCCGAUUUUGAUCGCCCUUUUAUCCUUACCCCUGAUGCGUCAAACUUUGCUGUAGGACCAGUGCUUUCUCAGAUCUUCCCCUCCUCUCCUGAUUCCUCUCAUCCUCGUAUCCCUCGCUUCCCACCCCCUACCCCUACCACUGCCUCCCGACUGACGCCCACUCGUCCAGCUACUGACGAACCUUCUAUUGACUAUUCUCCUACCAUCGCCGAGGACGACACAAUCGAGUCUCGCUCAGGUGAUUGUCCGAUAGCCUUCUACUCCCGUCAGCUUCUGCCCGUUGAGAUAAACUACACUGCUGAUGAAUGUGAGGUUCUCGAAGUAGUUUAUGCCACUCGGCACUGGCGUCACUACCUGCACGGGGCACCGUUCACGUCCAUCUCGAUAGACUUUAUCAGUCCUCUUCGUCCUCCGACCCCGCGCGGUCAUGAUGCUAUCCUGGUCGUCGUUGACCACUUCAUGAAGCGUGCACGCUUUGUUCCGUGCCGCUAUGCCAUCAGUGCACGGGAGGUCGCCAACAUCGUGUUUGACCGAGUCGUGCGUGACCACGGCUUACCUCUGAGCAUCAUAUCUGACCGUGACCCGCGCUUUACCAGCCGAUUCUGGCGACGGCUCCACGAGGUAUAUGGCACUCAGCUCCGCUUCUCCUCGUCUUACCAUCUACAGACUGAUGGUCAGACCGAGAUCACGAACUGGACUCUCGGAGAUAUCCUCCAAGAGAUUGUUCGUGACGACCAGCAGUGGGAUCUCCAUCUUGCCCACACGGAGAUAGCCUACAACCACGCUGUCUCGCCAACCACGGGGAUGUCGCCUUGCUAUUGUGAUCUCGGCUAUCACCCUCGUGUUCCCGCGGACUUCCUUCGACCGUCACAGAUGCACCCCGACACGAGUUGUCCCGCGCUGGAUGAUUGGGUUGCACACAUGAUGUCGAUCAUGAAGACCGCACAUGAGCACAUAGCCGCUUCCCAGACUCGCAUGGCAGCACGUGCGAACCGAUCGAGGAUGGAUCAUCCAUUCAAAGUCGGUGAUGAUGUGCUUAUCGACGCCCGCCACUUACAGCUCGAAGCGGACACGCUUCGCAAGUUUCGGCGUCGCUUCUUUGGCCCAUGCCACAUCCUCGAGACCGUCAGUUCUGAUACGGCUUCUAGCCCGGUCAGCUUCCGUGUGAAGCUACCCGACUACCUACGCCAGGCUCGUGUGCACGAUGUCUACCACGUCUCGUUACUGCGUCCCUACCGCAGACCGUCUGAGCGUUUCGCUGGACGACCAUACGAGCGCCCUCCACCCAUCAUGGUGGACGGCCACGAGGAGUUCCUCAUUUCAGACAUCAUUGGUCGCCAAGUCACUGACGAUAACCCUCCUCACGUCGAGUAUCUCGUACGUUGGAAGGGUUACUCUGAUGAGGAGGCUACCUGGGAGCCCCUCGAGCACUUGCAGCACGCUCACAUGUUGAUGCGUGCUUAUGAUUGUGCUCGUCGUGCUGGGUUCACUACUCCUCCUCAGCCCACUGACCCUGCUCCUUCUCCCCCGGAUGAGGAUACCGCUGAAGUCGAGCCUUCAGCAGCAGCCGGAUGCUUCUGAGCGUCCACAACGAACUCAUCGUCGUCCUGCUCGAUACGACGAUUGAAUCUGACUUACCUUCCCACGUCUUUGACUUCUAAGUACUCCAUCCACUCC